AGGGAGUCUCUCAGCGCGCAGUGGAGUCGCUCGGCUUCACGGCGGUGCGCUUUUACAUUAGUUUCCCCCCACAGACGGGUUACUGAGAAAGCUGUAGUAUUUCUGUUUUUAAUGGAGGAUGGAGUGAUGAACUGUGUGUUAUCGGCGGCACCGAUGGAUUUUACGUAGAUGUUUUUGCUUUGCUUCUUGCUUAUCUCUACUCUUCUCUUCCCUGGGCUGGAAUAAUUCUCAAUCCAGUUGAAAACUUUCCUUGAAAAAUAAAAAUAAUAACAAUAAAUCAGCCAUGUCACACUUGUAGACGCUGCGUGUUUGAGAGCUUCGUCCUGUUUCGCUUUUGAGAACUUUUUUUUUUGUACUCUUGGUUUUUUUCCCCCCCUGACCCGGCGGUUGCCAUGGCCGAGCUGAACGCGGCGCUGUGCUGCUGCUGCCGGAAGGCGCUGCCGGUGCCUGGGAAAGCUCGCGACGGAGCUCGGGCGCUCGGACGCUGCCGGCUGGUUGACGUCGCCUCGGCGUCCAACUUCCACAGCUUCUCCCUGCGCCACUUCCACCUGGACCUGCGCGUCAACUUCGGCCUGAAGCGCAUCACCGGCUGGCAGGUGCUCGAGCUCGCGACGCUGCAGUCCGGCGUGCAGGCGCUCGUGCUGGACGUUCACCCGUCUCUGCUGAUCCACUCUGUGGACUGUAAGGUCCCGGGCGCGUCCGGGUCCCCGGAUAUCGUCUUCUCUCUCAACUACAACCUCGAGCCUUUCACUGACUACGGCUCCUCGCUCCGCAUCGCGCUCCCCGCCGCCGCCAUCCGGCCACACCGGCCCUUCCGGGUCACCGUCCACUACACCACUACAGAGGGACCUGCGAUCUGGUGGUUGGACACGGAGCUAACAUGCGGUCAGACGCGGCCGCUGGUCUUCACUCAGGGUCAUUCCGUGUGCAAUCGUUCCUUUUUCCCCUGCUUUGACACCCCGGCUGUGAAAAGUACCUACUCAGCGACCAUCAGGGUUCCAGAUGGAGUGACGGUGCUAAUGAGUGCCUCCAGGAGCGUCUACUCUAAGCAGGACCGGCUGUUCCAGUUCUCUAUGGAGUACCCUGUUCCUGCCUAUUUGGUGGCCCUGGUGGCUGGAGAUCUCCAACACGCUGACAUCGGGCCCAGGAGCCGCGUAUGGGCCGAGCCUUGUCUCCUGACCUCUGCGGUCAGUAAGCUGGGAGGCAGCGUGGAGCGCUGCCUUGACGUAGCCGAGCAGCUCUUUGGCCCUUAUGUGUGGGGCAGGUACGACAUUGUUUUCCUCCCUCCUUCGUUUCCUAUCGUUGCGAUGGAGAACCCAUGUCUCACUUUCAUCAUCUCCUCCAUUCUGGAGAGUCAGGAGUUCUUGCUAAUUGACGUGAUUCACGAGAUCUCUCACGGCUGGUUCGGAAACGCCGUCACCAACGCCACCUGGGAGGAGAUGUGGCUCAGUGAGGGAUUAGCCACGUACGCACAGAGACGCAUCACUACAGAGGUUUAUGGCGAAGCCCUAACCUGUCUGGAGACUGUCUUUCGUUUGGACGCGCUGCACAGACAAAUGCGUCUUCUUGGAGACAACAAUCCAGUGAGCAAGCUGCAAGCCAAGUUUGAGCCAGGGGUUAAUCCCAGCAGUCUGAUGAACCUGUUCACCUAUGAGAAAGGCUUUUGCUUUGUCUCUUACCUCUCGCAGCUAUGCGGGGACAUCAAAAGAUUCGACACUUUCCUCAAAGCCUACAUCGAGCAAUUCAGGUUCAGCAGUGUGGUUGCUCAGGACCUGCUAGAUUUCUUCCUGGGCUUCUUUCCUGAGCUGAAGGAGAGCUGUGUCGCUCAGCGAGAGGGACUGGAAUUCGAGCGCUGGCUGAACGAGUGCGGCCCUCCUCUGUGCGAGCCGGAUCUCUCCGCCGGCAGCAUGUUGACCGGGCCGGUCCAGCGCCUCUGUGAACUCUGGGUCACGGAGUCACCUGACCGCCAAGCCAUUGCGGACUUCGACCUCUCCACAUGGAGCACCUUCCAGACCGUCCUCUUCCUGGACCGACUCCUGGACCGCUCGCCUCUGCCACAAGAAGUGAUGAGCCUCCUAUCAAGCUGCUACUCGGCUCUGCUGGACGGCAUGAACGCCGAGGUGCAGAUCCGCUGGCUGCAGGUCGUAGUGAGAAACAGCUUUUAUCCUGAUCUGCAUCACGUUCGCAGUUUCCUGCACAAACAUACCUCACGCAUGUACACGGUGCCUCUGUACGAGGACCUGUGUGGAGGAGUUCUGAAGUGUUUCGCUGUCGAGGUGUUUUACCAAACACAGGACCGCUUACACCCCAACCUACGCAAGGCGCUGCAGCAGAUUCUAUUCCAAACCAGCGCUGCGAACGCCUCGAGCACCCCGGCCCUGGUCGGCCCACCCAAGUCUACUCCGUCGCCACCCCCAGACUCAGCCGCUAACGGGACCAUGGCCCUGCUAGACGUCAACGUGUCUGCUUGACGGUUUAGAGAGCUGAGUAAGUGAACUAGUGGAGAACCCAUUGCAGGAGACCAGCCCGUCAGUGUGUGAGUGUGUGUGUGUUUGUGUGUGUGGAUGUGUGAAUGUGGGAUCUUCAACACUGGGAUUUUUACAUGCACCUUCAAUGUUCAUGUUCAAGCUGCUCAGGUUUUGUGUAAAGAAGUGUUUAAGGAUGAAACACACACAAUGUAUGUGUGUGUGUUUGUGCACAUAUGGGUGUGUCAGUUACUGAUUGCCAUCUGUAGGUUUCCUGUUAAUGUUAAUGUGAUUGUGAGUGAGUGAGUCUGUGUGUGAGUGUGUGUAUGCACUCUGCCUAUGCACCCCUCUGGAUGUGUGUAAAACUCACACGUGACACUGACCUGUCGAGUAGUGGACUCCGUCAUCAGAGACCGGAUCUAAAAGUCAGCUCAUGACACGUGAAAGCUGCUCAUGGAUUAAAGGUGUACUUUGGCCAAAAAUGAAAGGUACAGUUGUUGUUGUUUUUUUUGUCGUCUUUCUUUUUUUUCUUUUUUUUUCUUCUCCUUCAGAAGGAAAUCCCAUACAUACCAAGAGAAACGUGUGAACUGCGUUCCUAAAUCACACCCCGAAUUAAAGGAGAGCAAAUUCUCCACCCUGAAACACAUAGGUUAAAUAGGUUUAUAUUGAAAUAUUAAUAGCUCCAGUUCUAAUUUGUUGGUUGAUGCUGUGUGACAUCACACGGUGUCCCGGGAUUAUGUUGUGAUGUUUACGACUACAAACAUUAUCACACUCUCAGACUUGUAUAGAAUAAGAGUCAGUUUUUGUGCUUGGUUAUCUUCUCUCAUUCAUUGUUUCCCACAUCCUUCAGUGUCACGUUAACAAGAGAUGACUGAAUUUACCUUUAAAAAAAACAAAAAACCUCCUGUCCAUGAGAUGGACCUGUGAGAGGUGUUUACCUGAACGAUGAGCAGCUUGAUCUCGAAGCUGACGCGUUUCUGAGCAGAGUGCAUGAAUACAGUAGGUGAGGGAGUGAGGGAGCUGCAAAGACUAACGGGCUAAAAUAUGCAUUGCUGCAUCACACUCUAUGAAUAGAAACAAAGCGAAGGUUUAGUCUAACCAGCGCUAGGAUCAGUGGAUAGUCAAACAGGAUUGUGGGUAAUGUAGGAGGAAACUCUUAACUGAAAAAAAAAAUACACAGCACCAACAUGCCAAGGAAAGAUUAAUUCCUUAUGAAUGACUUUAAGUUUUCCUCAGAAUUUCAUUAUUAAAUACAUUUUUAGGUUGGAAGUGACUCUGACAUACCGUACAUUACAUAUUUUUUUUUUUUUUUUAUUAUUAUUAUUUAAUUAUUUUCUGCUAUGAAAUAUUCUGACAUUUUAGCAAACUGUUCACAAACGAUUUUAUUAAGUCAACCGAUUUGCGUUGAAGUACAACUGUGAUCAUUGAGUCUGAAAGCUCCCGUGCAAGUCUAAGGGAGGGAAAAGCGAUCAUGCUCUGAUGUUUGCGUUAAUGUGAAAAUUCAUUUUUGGCCAAAGGAUCAGAAGAGUCGCGUUAAACACAUUAAGUCAUAUUUCAGAGGAAUCUCGAAUGACUCCCAAACUUCCCUCAUCAGGACGAUGCCUUAAAUGCAAAUUGAAAACAAAAAAAACCUCACUCUCUCUCUCUCUCUCUCUCUCUCAUCUUGACUGGUGUGUUGGAUUUCUCCCUUAGUUUACCUCGAUUCGACCCUCAGGUGUGUCAGUGCCGGAAACACGUCAGUGCCUUUGAUUGCGAGCUUUCAACGCUCAACGCAAAUAUGGCUGACCAAAACGACCAGCGUCUGCGUUUAUGCCUGAAGCCAUAUUUGAGACGUUGUGAUGUCAGUGUUGGAGAGAAAUCCUUUGCAGGUUUCAUUAUCAUCAUGCACAUUCUGUUUAUCUUUCUGUUCUUUAUUAUUCUGUGAUCAUUCGUUUCAUCUUUUUUUUUU